AGCCCCGUCUUCCUCUUCUACUACAACAUAUCGACUCAUUUCCACCCUCUGACACCCAUCAGUCGCACAGAUGUCUGGAAAGGGAAAAGCGUAUGCGCCUGAAAUUCGCUCUGGAUUGGCCGAUAACUCAUCUAUAUGUGCUCUGCAGUGGCAAAUCUUCCUCUGGAAAGGCUGGUGGUGAGGCGGGCAAGACUCAAUCACGUUCCGCGAAGGCCGGUCUCCAGUUCCCCGUGGGUCGUGUUCACCGUCUCCUCAAGAAGGGCAAUUACGCACAACGUGUUGGUGCAGGUGCUCCUGUCUACCUUGCCGCUGUCCUUGAGUACCUUGCUGCCGAAAUCCUCGAAUUGGCUGGCAAUGCUGCUCGUGAUAACAAGAAGCAGCGUAUCGUUCCUCGUCACCUGCAGCUGGCCAUCCGCAAUGACGAAGAGUUGAACAAGCUUCUUGGUGAUGUGGUCAUUUCCCAGGGUGGUGUUGUCCCAUUCAUUCUUCCCGAGCUACUCCCAUCGAAAUCGAACAAGGGGAAGAAGGAGGGUGCGUCGCAGGAGGUGUAGAGCGUGUGGACAUUCUAUCUGUCUCAGCGUGGGGUUGU